AACCAGAAUUACGCCUACGUCUGAAACUCUUCUGGAUGUUAUCCUUACUACAAGCCAGAGCUUUUUAAAACAAGUGGAGUACUAAAUCCAGAAAUGAGUGACCACCAUCUAGUGGAUGGGAUAAUGAAGGAGAGCGUGUCUCAGCAUGAAAGAAAAGUAGUGACAUUUAGGAGUACUAGAACACUAAUUUCAAUGUAUAAGGUUAAAAACUCACUAGCUCAGUAAGACCAGUCUUCAGGCAUUCAGGAGAGGGGUGCGUGCUCUCAAUGUGCUUGGCUUGGUGGACGGCACGUGUGGCUGCUGUGCAUGCUCAUCUUAGAGUGGUGGGUAUGCAUAGUGGCUUCCGCUGUCUGGCUGCCUGAUGUAUUGAGAGUGUGCUCCCCAUCCUCUAUUUAAUAAGUCUAAUUUAAAUUUUCUAGACUUUUAACUUUCUGAAUUUUGUAUUUAUGUUUGACUGCUGCGUAUAUGUUUGUCCUAUACUCUGUUUGUUUGUCUGUCUAUCUGAUUGUCUGUUUUGUCUAUCUAUUUGUUUGUCUUUGUUUGUUCCCUGCUUGUCCUACUGUUUGUCUGUAAUAAUUUUAUGUAUUGAUGUUAUUUUUAUAUAUUAAUGAUAUUUUAAGAAUAUGUUUUUAGCUAAAUACCUUGACAUUCUAAUUAAGUUUAUGUAUGUAUGUAUGUACUUUUAUUUUUUCAGAUCUGACUCAUUGACUCAUGACUCAUGACUCAUGACUCAUUGACUCAUUUGACUCAUUAAUACUUUACACUCAGAACCUUCGGCUAUAUGCGACUCUUAGCACUACACCACGAAGGCUGAUUACGCACUCUGGCGAAAACUCUUUAACUUAAUGCGUUAUCCAUGGAACUUCCGCCAGCAAAUUCCUUCAGUAUGAUCGAGCCGCAUUAACCGAGCUAUUGACGGUGAAAAAACAAUGUCAACGCAUUUCAUGGCAACGAAUGAAUAAAAUAACAUGUGCUUUACAAAGCCGAUACACCUCGUCAGCGAAGUAGGAGGCAAAACAUGUGUUUUCUUUAUAUCUCGAUUUCUGCUGUUAUUUUGAAGCUAAUGGUCAAAGUCACAUCCAUUUUCGGCCCAUAGAGGUUCUUAAGAAUAGCAUGGCAUGACAUUUUCUUACUUUCAGAUCACUUUCCAGCAAGCUGGAAUUUUUAUAUCCCCCGUGAUCUUUCGGAGUCAGAAGAGUAAUUGCUCAUUUUCUCGUCAAGUUUAACGCCUGGACGAGUCAAAGGCUCUUGAAAUCCAAUCCCCAAGUUAACCAUCGUACUCAUUUGAAAGACUCCUACGUGUCUUAAAUUUGGUAAGACCUCUAACUGUGCUGUAGAAAAUUUGCCAUAAAGACAACUCUGAGUCUGAGCAGCGAACGCCGAACGAUGCACGCUCUCAACGAAGAAUUUGAUCCCACCGAACUUCGGAGAGCGCGUGCUUCUUCGGAAGCGAUAGAUCUUCGCACUCUCGAGUUCGGACCCGAUUAAUUACGAAGUCCGUCUACUACGAGUGAGCGAGUGACUCAUUUGCAUAACUCCGUCCCUGCAAUAACUCGUGGUACGCUCGCGCGUCCCCACGAGUUAAAAAACCACCAGUGGCCGAGACUCUAUGCAUGGGAGUCAGAGAAUUUGAAAUUUAUAAAGUAUGUAAUAGUUUGCGGAGGAGACAGGUUAUGAAAGAUCAAAGAUAUAAACAACCACGUUGCAGCUUAUGUUGGGUGCUCCCUGGUGGUGCACAAUCCUUUGUUUUUUUUUCAUAAAUUGACUCUGAAGGGCAUCAUAAACAUUGCAGUCUUUAUGUAACCAACAAAAUUUGUCCUUAAUUUUGCCUUUUGAAAAGACUGAAAUAAAAAUGACUCCCUUCUUGUUUAAUUUAAGUUCCUAUGGUUUGUUUGCGAUUGGCAAGUCUGAAGUAACACUCGAAAUCUAAACGUCAGCUUCAAAAUAAGCUAAAAUAGCUCGAGACGCGAACAGACAGUAAGACAGUGUAAGAGUACAAACUCAAGUUAAGUCUUUUUUUCGAAAGGACGUAUUUUGUUUAUUGCGGAUAUAUUCUCUUAUAAAAUUCAAAUUCAACUACUCCGAUAAAGGAUGGGCUACUGGUGAGAUUAACCAUCGUAAGAAGGCGAGUCAUCAUUCGUUUUAACGAUUCUCUCAUUGAUGAAAUUACCGGCGUACGUAAUUACUACUGAACAGUGAAUAGCAAAGCUAAUAAGAUGAAUUAUGGUGCGUGUGCUGGGUUAAAUGACCUCAUCGUUGAAAUGGCCAAUUCUGUUAUGCUGGCAUAACGUUACAAUUUUGCGGAUACUACUUUUGCAAUUGCUUGCAGGUUUUUCCUGAUAAUUUCAUGCGUCGAGAAGUACUUACCCUGGUUGUGCACUGUUCCUUUAUGGAGGAUGGGUGUGCUUGGAAAGGAGAAGUGAGACACCUUGAGGUACUUAAUAGACCCGCCUUCCACGGUCUUUUUUCGGCAUUUAACAUGGAUCAGUUAGUGAAAAUCCGUCGAAACCGCUGAAAAGAGAGCUAAAAAAAUAGAGUAAAAUGGCCAAGUUUGAUUGAUGAACGAAGAUAUGGUUCGGCGAAUUUGGCACAAUUUUACAGGCGUUUGUUUGGUGGGGAGCACUGACUCGCCUCCAUCAUACAAUUGUCUGUAAAAUUUAGAGAAGUUUGGGGAGUUAUAUCGCUAGCUUUAGACGUAUUACUUUCAAACCUGCCAAAUUUUACUAAUUUAUAGUUUAGGGCGCUCAUUUCAGCGGUUUUGAUUAAUUGUCUUUAACCGUAAAAGUCAUUUAUUGCAUGUCAAAUAAAACUGGAACUAUAAAGGGUUAGUUUAUCGUUUGUCUCACGAUUGUAACUUUGAUAUUGAUCGCGACGUUUCGACCGCGCACUGCUGGUCUUCAUCAGGCGAUAUUGCCGAUUGACUGAGUCGGACUAUUUUGUACCACCGUCGUUGUUAGGGAUUGGUGUAUCACGAACCUCACUCAUGGUGGUACAAAUAGUCCGACUUAGUGAAUCGACACUACCGCCUGAUGAAGACCUGUAGCGUGCGGUCGAAACUUGGCGAUCAAUAUCAAAGUAGCUCAAAGUGACAAUCGUGAGACAAACGAUAAACUAACCCUUCGUACACAUUAUCCACGAUGAUUAAUAUCUUUCAUGACAAAAUUGGAACUGUGUGGGUAGAAAUAAUAUGAUUACGAGGGGUCAAUUAACGGGUGUAUGUAUAUUAAUAAGAGAAGAUUAAAAAAUAUGUUCUUUCAUUUUUGUUGCUGUUUCUACAACUCUUUGGGCAAAUAGUAGAAUGUCCUAUUGAGUUGGACCAAAAACCAGAAAAACUCACAUGGCGUCAAACCACAAACGAAUUACACUAAAAAAAGACGUUUUGGAGGUAUUGAAAAAAGAGUACAAAAUUGGAAAAGGUGUUGCCAUGGAAUAACCCAGCACCUUAAGAAAGUGAUCGAUGUGGAAAAAGUUCCACUCACAAAUUACAGAAAAUUCAAGAACUUUUGUGAUCGCUAUUGUCGCGAGAUUCAAAAGUUUGAAUACUAAAUUAGCGCCGAUACUUAUGUGUCACACCUCGCUUUCCGACCUUGCCCCGACCAACCCUCGAGGUCAAAUGGGCUAAAGGGAGUUAAGUAUAACGUAUACUAGUAUUUUUUCUCUCUGCAAACGUUUUUCUACCUUACGGUAGACGAUAGAAGCCUUACAAGUUUUUUCUUCUCUAUAGAGCCACACUUCUGGUUGUGAGUUUCUUAAAGUUCCAUGUGUACAUCCUGAGUGUGGCACACUCGUGAAGAAAGCUGAUCUUAAACAACAUUUAGAAACCUAUUGCAUAUACCGGCCUCAAACAUGUGAAUUCUGUUCGAGGGAAAUUGCUUUGACUAAUUUACAGGUAUCCAACAUUUUAUUCUGCUUAUUUAUUAUUUAUAAUAAUUAUGAUUAUAAACUAGUAUUGGUUAUUUUGGUCGACAAAAAAAAAAAAAACCGGCCGGGCCACGGUUUGCCGGGUAAAUCGUGCGCAAAAUUCAGGACUGGUAAAUUUCGUCCCGAAAUCGCCUUUACCAUUUGUACAAUAAGUGCCAUUUAUCGAAAAAAACGACCGCGAAGGCCUGAAACUGGUUUUAAAGAUUGCUUUGAAGAAAGGGAACACGAAUUUCCGAUUGGAAUAUUCCUUCCCGAUAAAACAGGGCUACCUUUUCAGAUGUUCCUUUGCUCCCAGAAAUUUUCUGCUACAACGACCCAAAAAGUCGUGUUUCCUUUUUUUCCAACCGGGUUUUCCUUUUUUUUUUUGUAACAGUGGUAAACAAUCACCAUUUUCACAUAGAACAUAAUGCUUAACCCCCUUCCCCCCCCCCCCCCCCCCCCCAAAAAAUGGCAUAACUAUUGUCUUCGAUUUCUCUUGGGCCGAGAACUGAACAUGAAAAUAAUGAUAAUUUUAUUCACCAUUUUCACAUAGACCAUAAAAUUAAUGCAUAAUUAUACUUAAUUAUACCCAGGGGAAAUUGUAAUCAAUGGUUAUGCAAAAUUUUGGGGGUAUUGAAGGUGCCUUAUGGUCUAUGUGAAAAUGGUGAAUAGAAUGAUCAUUAUUUUCAUGUUAAUUAAAUUCAAUGAGAGAAAUAAUUCCAGCUGUUCUUUAAAACACUUCUACUUCCAGAACAUUGUCUUAUGAAAAUGAUCUCGAAUGAUCAUCGUUUUUCAUCUCAGCCCUUAAUAUAAUGUCAAUACAUUCUCAAACACGUACAAGCUUCGACCAAGUGUAGCAGCUAAGGAGUUACGAGUUGUACCUUAAUUUUCUUUCCAAUUUUAGCUUCAUCAGGAGAGGGAGUGUCCUUUAUAUCCAGUUAUUUGUAACAAAUGCAGUAAAGAUGGUAUCCCCAGACAAAAGGUGAGAGGAAAUUUUCUUAACAGGUUGGUAAAGAGAGGGAUUUAGGGCUGUGGAAUAAUCUUAUGGGUUCUCCCUCACACCCUCUGCAGGAUCUUCUUCCCCCUCACAAGCGGAGCGGGGCGCUACGCGGUAAAUUACGUCCUUACCAGGUCCAACGCGUGAAUACUGAAAGGUUUAAGAACUUAUGCUUUGGAAUUAGAUGUCCAUUUGAUUUUAAAUAGAUUAUCUUCAAGUCCACUUACGCUUUUAUCAGUAAUCACGCUAUUAUUUAACAAUUAAUAGUUGACAGAUCAUCAGGACCCUGUUUUGGGAGAUUGUGACGGAGUAGAAGGUCCAUGCCCCUUUGCACAGAUUGGGUGCACGAAAACCGAGGUAAGAUACAUCGUAUUUCACGCUUUUGUUCCAGUGGCUUUUACCGCACUGAAUUAGACGUGAGGUACUUCACCAUUAACGAUACAUUUUUAAUUUGCUUUAAAACCGUACUUAUAGUCUCCAAAAGCAGUUGCAUGUAAAUGUAUACCUGUUGCAAUUCAAUUUUGCUUUCUCUCCUCCUCGCAAAUUGACGAGACCCUGGUUUUGAGGAAAAAAAUAACAAAAACAAAACAAAACAAAACCAACAUCGUCGAAUUUUAAAAGUGGCUACUAAUAUUUUAGUUUCCCGGAGUUAAGAAGUCGAUCGAUGACGGUGUUUCUUUUCCCGCAUAUUAGUGAAAAGAACUGUCUAUAGUUAUCUGCUAUAAGUACUAGAUGAUAAGUCUGCUAUAUUAAGCUAUUGCAUCCAUUUUAUGGUGCUGUUAUACGUUUAUGUUGGUAAUGUUAAAUAUGCUAAUAGUUUGCACUUGACCAUUUUUGAUACUGUAUCAGUGGAACAGUGGAGGACAAUAAUUGAGUUUUAUAAAUAAAUCAACUGACAUAGGAGUUUUUGGUAGCCUGAGAAACCAGCCGACAUUUGCUGACGCUACCACUGGUUUCCCCGCCAAAUGACGUCUGAGAAACGAGCGCAGAAAAAGCCAAGUUUCGAGUUCGCUAUGACAGCUGAAUUAAAGAAGUGAAGACGCAUUUUUGACAGGCUUAGCCUCCAUCUGAAGUUAAUAUAUUCACAAAUUCCAACGAGAAAAAGAGCUGUUAAUAGUACACUGUCUAUUGUGUAUAUUCAAAUUUCAAACCCUUACUUGCCGUAAUUUCUGUAUAUUUAAUUUACUUUACGUCGAGGCUAACCCUGUAUGAAUGUGUUGUUAAUAAUGUUUGUAUUCAGCGGUAAUUUUGAAUUCGAAACUGAGCUAUUACAUACUGAUGACGCGUCACUACUCAGAUCUGAGUAGUGCUUCUGAUUGGUUGAAUCAAAUUUCCCACGCGGCACGACCAAUCAGAAGCACUACCCAGAUCUGGGUAGUGACGCGUCAUCAGUAUGGAAUUUUUGCGCUCGUUCCUCAGACGCCAUUUGGCGGGGAAACUAGUGGUAGCGUCGCCAAAUGUCGGCUGUUUUCUCAGGUUAAGUCAGUUUGUUAGCUUGCGGAUACAGCUUUCCUUGCUUCUCACCGUUAGGUACGUUUUCUCUCCUGCGAGACGUCCUUAGCGGCGAGUAGCGUUGGUAGACGGCUGUCUUCACAGGCUAGGAGGUUUGCCCUCGUAAGGAAUCCAUAAGCUGAUCAUGACGUUUCGAGCGCUGUCCCUUAAUCAAUUUGAAUUAUUUCAUGUCCUGUCGUUUGCUAGUAAUAUAUAGAUUUAGCCAGGGCUAAAAGCGAGGCUCUGGUUAAUAACAAUUAUAAACAAAAAAAUAAUAAUAAUAAAUCGUGUAAAGCUCAACGGGGACGGCAAUGAAAAUGGCAUCAAGAUCAACAGAUCUAAUUAGCAAAAAAACAAAUUUGCACUUAAUUGCAGCAUGCUUUUUUGUCUUUCUUUGGUGUUGUUUUGCACGACUACAAUGCCGUUUUGUACGCCUAAAACGUCAAACUUCCUAGUUACACAUUGUUUCCUGUGUCCAUGUUCGCUUUUAUUUUUUCCCUGCCGCUCAUUUUUACCUGGCCGCUAGCAUUUCUCAUCUUCUCACCGCCGCUGUGAAAUUUUCUUUUUUUUCUUCAAACGAAAUUCGUCUUCUUUGUUUUCAGUCACUGGCUUGAACUCUUUCUGUGUUAUCCACGUGAGUGUAAACAUCAAAAAUAACGUCGGAAAAGACACGACUUUGUUUUUUUUUUCUCUCUAAAAGUCCGGGCGGCCAUACGAUUUUCUUCCGUUGCAUUUGGGUUGCCAUACCUGUUGAUUGAGUUACCUUAUAUUGGUGUCUGUGGUGCGGACGGUCGGGCGGACGCACGGUCUCGUGACUACCAAAUUUCUCGGAUGCAUAAGUUACCAAAUUUUGUUACCCAUGGUGCUCCGCUAGAGCUCCGCUUAUAAAUUUAGUGCAUGUAAAGGUUUUAAAUUAGUAAGUUCGAUUUCGAUUAUUUGAAAGGUCCUCAACCAAAGGCAAAAGAAAGAGCAUCUACAACAAGAACAUGCACACCACACCAUUUUGCUCUUACGCACUGCACUUGGAUUGGGCAAGGACAUAGAGGCCAUUUUUAGGCGUGAUCCAAGAAUAUCGUCAAGAAAUUCUCAGUUUCUCUCAAACUACGAUGAUUUAAUUCAGGACAUCCUCAAUCAGAUUCAGUAUAACAAAGAGGAAACCAGGAAUUUGCAUGGAAGGAUUCAAGAACACAGCCAACGAAUAACCGCUUUAGAGAGGAAGAUGGCCUCUGCGAAUAUAUCGAGUGGAGCAUCAUCUUGCCAACUCCUUACUAAUUCUGAAGGUAGCUUUACCCAUAGCGAAAUAACCAGAAGACUAACUGAUGUUGAACACAAAACCGCAGACCACGAAGUGCUCUUGGUGGAAAGUAAUCGCACUGUAAUGGUGACCAGCAGGGAAGUAAACAAUGUUAAAAGACAGUUGGAGGGUGUCCAAGAGACUGCAAGGAGGACAGAAAGACGGAUUGAGUCUAUUGAACACACUUUAGCUUUAAGAAAUGUCACACUAGCUGAUUUAGAAGAGUACGUUAGGCAACAAGAAUUUUCCAGCUACGACGGCCAGCUACUUUGGAAAAUAACUGAAUUUGCAAGGAAGAGAAAUGAAGCAGUCAGCGGUCAACAGGUGUCUUUGUAUAGCCCACACUUCUUCACAAGCCGUUAUGGCUACAAAAUGUGCGCCCGUAUCUAUUUAAACGGAGACGGCAUGGGCCGUGGAACGCAUAUUUCCGUGUUCUUUGUGGUCAUGCGCGGUUUGUAUGAUGCAAUUCUCCGCUGGCCAUUCAGACAGAAGGUCACGUUCAUGUUGUUGGAUCAAGAUAAUAUUGAACACGUGAUCGAUGCCUUCAGGCCUGACCCUAGCAGCUCAUCUUUUCAAAGGCCGAGAAGAGAAACAAACAUCGCCAGUGGGUGCCCCAUGUUCUGCUCCCUAACUGAAUUAAAUAACCACGCCUAUGUGAAAGAUGACACUAUGUUUCUCAAAAUUAUAGUAGAUACCUCUGACUUAUAGAACUUAUAAACUUAUAGAGCCAGGUUCCUUUUUGCGGGAGUUGGGCAUUUAUUUGGAUAAUAUUGCAGG